CUCUGAUGGUCUUUAUCUGGGUCAUUGGUUUGUUGCUGCCAAACCUGUAUAAAGUUGAUCUACACCUGCAAGCUGCAGUGUGUUACAUCAAUGGUAGCCUUCAGAGGCACCCAUUAUUACUGUUGACACAGGGUCCUUCCCUGAGGACCUUAUUGUAGACCAUUCACUAUAUCCCUGUGGUCUGUACACAAGGAUUAUGUCCAUUAGAACUUCACAAAGAAAGUGCAGUCAGCCAUAACAGGUUAUUCUGUAAUGUCAGGCCCCUUUAAAAGACAGCAUGUCAUCAGGCUGCCUGUAAUAGUGCACAGGUGAAGGGGUGAAGAUGGACAGCACUAAUCUCUCUGUAUUGCUCUUGAUGGCUCUCCUCUUAAGCCUGUCUUGUGCAGAGGAUGAGAUGGCACCUCUAUCCUGCCCAGAGUACCAAGAGGGUUUUGACGGCUCCUGUUAUGAGUUUGUGGCUCUACCGCGUUCCUUCCUCAGUGGACAGGGCUGGUGUGAGCGGGGUGGUGGACACCUGGCCUUCAUUCUAAAUAUUGAUACACAGCAGUUCCUACAGAAGCACCUGCAGCCAGAGCAGGACUGGUGGCUGGGUUUAGCACCUGCCUCCCCAAACCUAACACUGGACUCUGCUGUUGCUGAAGGUCCUCUCUCCUGGCUUGAUGGCUCUGAUGUCAGCUACUCUAACUGGGUGAACGACCCUGAUCCAGGGGCUGGCUGUGGUCACAUACUGAGGAGCUCAGGGUUUCAGUGGGAGGCAACAAGCAACUGUAGCCAGGAGCUGCACUUCAUCUGCCAAUUUGUCCAGAAAAACGUCAUCCUUCAGGAGCCCAUCGGGGAGUUUGGCGUCAUUAAGUGCUAUAGCAUGAACCAAUCAAUAGAUGGUGCAAACUGCAAGGCCCUGUACGGAAGCCCCCUUCAAAUCCAGGUAGAAGUAGAAGCUGGUACGAAUGUGAUCUACAAACUCCACAGUGGUGAGAUGUUGGUGGCCAAUUCAUCAGCAGUCAGAGGAAUUGUCCCCCACAACAUCACAGUGGGACCAGAGGUGGAGCAACAGCUGGGUUCUGGCUGCCACCAGCUGACCCUGCAUGCCUCUAACGGGGUCUCGUUCUUGGGCGUGUCCACUGAGCUGCAGGUGUGUCUGCUGGAGCCUGUGGAGGGCCUGCUGGGAUCAGUGAUGGCUGAGGAGGGGGAGUGUCCAGACUCAGACCUCUAUGUUAGUGUCUCCCUAGACCGGGGAGCCCCGGUGCAGCUUCUCUUCCAGGUGUCUGGAGCCAACGACAGCAUCUCUGAGACCAGAGACAUGCAAAACAGAAGCAUGCAGGUUUAUAAUAUCUCAACCACUAUCCAAGGAUUUUUGCAAGUGAAAGUCAGGGCCUGGAAUGUCUUCUCACACAUGGAUGUGGAUGUGGGGAACACAACAGUUGUUUGUCACAACAGUUCAGACCUCAGGCAGAAUGGCUAUGCAAACACAACAGAAAAGCGUAUGAGAGUUCGCCGAGCCUAUACCUUGAGAAUCACUGCCAUUCCAGAAACUGCCAGUCAAGACACUGAAAGCGUCAAACUUGAGGUAACUGGCUUAGGAGGACUAUCUAAUGGAAAGCAGAGCAAAUUUGAAUGGGAAUGCAAAGAAGACUGUAAAGGGAAAUGCAAGGAUAAAACAACAGACACGACUCGUUUGGUUGAAAAAGACUGUCUUCCAAACCCAUUUGAGUUUUUUGAAUACACUUUUUCUGUGAAAAAAUGGAGUGCCGAUGGGAAAUGGGUCGACUUGAUUUCAACAUCCCAAUGCAUCACGGUUACUCCAACAAACUUCGCCAACUUUAGAAUUUGGUUCACGAGUGGAAAUAAGAUAAAUAUCCUUUUAUAUCACCGUUCUUUAGAUAAGGAAACUUUUGAAUAUGCCAGGUACACCAUUCAGAUACCAGGUGUUACGACUCCUGCACCUGCUGAUACUACGCCACCUGUAACCUCUGCUCCGACUAUCACCUUAAGUCCCCCUUCAUGUAGUAUUUACCCUCCGAAUGGCACCGUUCUGGAUCCUUUCAAUAUCACCUGUACAACACCUACAUCCUGCACAAACGGCUGCCAAUAUUGUUUUAAAACUGACCAAGGUAAACAUCUGCGCUGCAGUUCUGUAAAUAAAGUAACGUUAAUCUUUCUACCUGUUGGGGAGAUAAGCAGCAACUACAUGCUGUCGGUAGAGGUGACUGUUACAGAAUUGAACACAAAGACACGUGGAAGUACCACAAUCAACACUGAGGUGCGGCCAGCCAAGUCCGGAACUUCAGUGCAGGAGCUCCAAUCUGCAGUGGCGUGCACAGUGGCUAAUCUAGGGCAGCAGGGGAUGCUCUCUGGAGAGACCCUUGGACAGAUGUUCAAGUCUGUGUCGGACAUACUGAAUAAAGGCUCCAGUGAGGAAAAGAAUGACAGGAUGAAGCUGCGAGAACAGAUGCUGAUGAAUAUAACUGAAGCACUGGAGAACAGCUCCAGCAGCACUCCUCAUAAAGUGCAGCUGACGGCCAGAGCUGUGGCAGGACUCACCAAGAGGGGUGAUGAGCUUAGUCCUGAUGCUCAGCUUGAAGCUAGCUUCCUGGUGGCAAACCUCAGCUCUUCCCUCCUCUUCAUGAACGUCAGUGAGCAUGGUGGAGAAGAGGAGAUGGUGCAGGCAGCUACACCAAUUGUAGAGGCAGCCAGCAAUAUCCUGGAUGUUUCCUCAAACGUGAGCACAUAUUUACCUUCACUUAGUCUAAUGACAGUAAUGAAGCAUCCUUACUGAACAGUUUGUCUUUCACAGAAGGAAGUCUCUGAUUUACUUCUCAAGGGCAUGGACAAUGUGCAGAGUGCACUGUUGAAUUGGAAGAAGGUUGAUGAAGCUCCUGUGAUUGUCAACAGCUCUCAGAUAACUGUGUUUGUGAACAGAGUGUCAACAGAAACUAUUCAGAUGCAGUCUAUAAACAUCCCAGAUAGCUCCUCUGCAAGCUUUUCCUUCCCUCCCCUGGGUGCUGAUGUCCUUUCUCCAGAUGAACCAGUGGAUGUGAGAAUGCUAAGUUUCAAGAAGAACCCAUUUUCAUGGAGCGAGGAGAACAACAUUACCGGCACUGUGGGAUCUGUCUCCCUGACAAGAGGAAAUGGUUCUGUCAUCCCCAUAGAGAACCUAUCUGAGGAGAUUGAGAUCUUCUUGCCAAGGCCUGAAGGAGUGCAAGCAAACAGCACAAUACUGUACUUGGGAAACUACAGCACACUGAUGGUCGACGUCCCUUCACCUGAUGUAACACUGGUGCUGAAGAUAAAGCCAUCGAAGAACAUAACCUUUCAACUGUUCCUGGGGUAUAAAGACUACCCAAACGAUAAACAAUACAUAGCCAAGACUCAGAUGCCUCACCAGAGCAACACGCAAGAGGAGAAAUACACCUGGGUCCUGGGUCCCAAAGAUUUGACAGGAAAAGUUGGAGUGCAUUACCUUGUUGUGAGGCCCAUUGUGGAAGCAGGGGUUAAAUCCGUCAAUGCCACUGUGACUGUCACCUCCAUUGCUGCUCAGUGCAAAUAUUGGAAUGAAACCUUAUCCACCUGGAGUGAAGAUGGCUGCAGGGUUGGUCCUUUAACCACGCUAUUGGCCACCCAGUGCUUAUGUACGCACUUGACCUUCUUCGGGAACUCUUUCUUCGUCAUGCCCAACCUCGUAGACGUGUCACGUACGGCUGAGCUCUUUGGCACCUUCGCCCAAAAUCCUGUGGUGGUGUGCUUUAUUGGUUCCAUCUUUGUUGCUUACGUAUUGGUGGUCAUAUGGGCACGCAGGAAGGACAUCCAGGACACAGCCAAGGUGAAGGUGACAUUGUUGGAAGAUAAUGACCCCUUGGCUGAAUACCGUUACAUGCUGAAUAUUAGCACUGGGCAUCGGCGUGGUGCUUCCACCUCCUCUCAGGUUACUGUGACUCUGCUGGGCAUGCAAGGAGAGAGUGAGCCACACCACCUCACUGACCCUGACAAGCCUGUGUUUGAGAGGGGUGCAGUGGAUAUGUUCCUGUUGACCACACCCUUCUCUCUGGGGGAGCUGCAGAGCAUCAGGCUGUGGCACGACAACUCAGGGGGGCACCCAGCCUGGUACAUAAACAAAGUUAUGGUGCAAGAUGUAGAGACAGGACAGAAGUGGCACUUCCUGUGUAACUCAUGGCUGACCAUAGAUAUGAGUGAGUGCACUCUGGAUAAAGUUUUCCCUGUAGCCACGGAGAUGGAUUUGAAGAAAUUCAGCAAUAUGUUCUUCAUGAGGACGGCAAAGGAUUUCCGUGAUGGCCACAUCUGGUUUUCUGUGAUCAGCCGGCCUCCAACGAGCACCUUCACAUGUGUCCAGCGAGUCUCCUGCUGUUUCUCUCUGCUGCUGUGCACCAUGCUGACCAGCAUCAUGUUCUGGGGCAUCCCCACCGACCCCUCUGAGCAGACCAUGGACCUGGGUCAUAUCGAGUUCACCUGGCAGCAGCUGAUGAUUGGAGUUCAGAGUUCAAUCAUAAUGUUUCCAAUUAAUCUCCUCAUUGUGAGUAUCUUCAGAAACACCCGCCCCCGAGAGACGAAGCCUGGAAAGCCCAAGGCAGAGGUGUCCAAGCAGGGGAAGACUGGCAGAGUGACUCACUCACAGCCCCCCUCCCCACAGAGGGACAGAGAACUCACACCAGACACAGUCAUCAAGGACAUAAAGAAGAUUGCUCAGUCACUCUCCAAGGCUAUGAAGAGCCCCAUUCCACGCCUGGAGUUAGAGAUGAAGUCUGGACCACAGACUGAUAUCAACAAUCUGCUCUCUCUGGUGGAGGACAUCAUCCGGCAGCAGAACCGAGCCAGUGGAGAGUUCUACACUGAUGCCUCCAAGAAAGAGGGAUCGCUCAUUCUCUCACUAGGGGUAACCAAUCUGCAAGAGACCAGCAUGUGUGGGAGCCCUGAGAAGACUGGGGAUGGGAGACAGAAAAGGAGCACCAACAGCCAGUAUCUGUACAGGCAGCUACGCCAUGUAGAGAAGGAGCUGAGCCUACUGGGACCUUCUCGCUUCCCCAACCCAGACAGCUACUGCCGGGCAGUGCAGCAGGUCCAGGGCAUGAAGGGAUUGCUAGAGUCUUCCAGCCUGGCAGGGGAUGACCUGGCUCAAAGCCCGGGCCAAGCUGAGAGUAGUGAUGGGGACAGUGGCAGUAAAAAGUGCUGUCAAGACGGGCUGCCCUGGUGGUUUGUGUUUAUUGGCUGGAUACUGGUGGUAGCCACCAGCGGAGUAUCAGGAUACUUCACCAUGAUGUAUGGGCUGACCUAUGGGAAGGACCGCUCUAUAAGCUGGCUCAUCUCCAUGGUCGUUUCUUUCUUUCAGAGCCUCUUAAUCAUUCAGCCGCUGAAAGUGCUAGGUUUUGCAGCCUUCUUUGCUCUCGUUCUGAAGAAAGUUGAUCAGGAGGAGUAUGGGGAUCCAAAAAUUGAGGGGGCACUCAGAAACCCAGAUGACCCUGAUGUAGUCUGGGCUGUCAGGAGGGAUAGCACAUGUAGCUUCUACCAGCCCCCGCCACCCACAGACGUCGAGAGGAUGAGGAACAACAUGAUCAAGGAGCAGAAGGUUUUCGCCCUCAUCAAAGAGAUUCUCACCUACAUGGGGUUCAUGUGGAUGUUGCUCCUUGUGGCGUAUGGUCAGCGGGACCCUAACGCUUACUUCCUGAUUCAGCACAUUCGGCAGAGCUUCAGCCAAGGGAUCUCAGACAGUAUGAGCCACGGAAAUGUGUUCACCUGGGCAAAUACCUCUCUUCUCAGCAACCUCUUCGGAGAGUACCCAGGUUUCAUCACAGAUGGGAACUCCAAACUGGUUGGUAAUGCCCGUCUUCGCCAGGUGAGGGUGCAGAAGAAUUCCUGCCGAAUCGCCCGCUCCAUGCGCCAGGCUGUACCUGACUGCCAUGCUCCAUACUCAUGGGAGGUGGAGGACAUGGGCUCCUAUGGGCCAGGCUGGAACCGCUCUGCGAGUGAAAACACCUCAAAGACCCUUCGCAGCCCCUGGCGGUAUCAAACCCAGGCCCGACUCAGAGCCCAACCCAUCUGGGGGAGUGUGGUUCUCUACAGGGGAGGGGGGUUUGUGGUGGACCUGGGCCCUGACUCACAGAAUGCUAGCAGUACCCUUCAGUAUCUGUUUGACAACACCUGGCUUGAUAUGUUCACCCGAGCAGUCUUUGUAGAGUUCACAGUGUACAAUGCCAAUGUCAACCUCUUCUGCAUUGUCACACUCAUGCUGGAGACCACAGCUGUAGGAGCGUUCCAGUUUCGCAGUGAGCUGCAGAGUGUCCGACUAUACCAGUCCACCGGUGGACUCCACAUCUUUGUCAUGGCCUCUGAGGUCAUCUAUUUCCUCUUUAUCUUCUACUACAUGUAUGUUCAGGGAAAGCUGAUGAAGCAGCAGAAGUGGGCUUACUUCAAGACAAAGUGGAACCUGCUGGAGCUCGCCAUCAUCCUCCUGAGCUGGAGCGCACUGUCUGUCUUCAUUAAGAGGAGCCUGCUAGGGAACCGGGACAUGGAGUACUACCACAACCAUAAAGACCAGUUUGCCAGUUUCCAUGAGACAGCCACAGCAGAUGCAGUGCUGGGGUAUCUGAUUGCAUUCCUGGUGCUACUGGCUACAGUCAAACUGUGGCACCUGAUGAGGUUCAACUCCAAGCUACACAUGAUCACAGCCACACUGCAACGUGCCUGGACUGACAUAUCAGGCUUCAUACUGGUCAUCACCAUUAUGUUCCUGGCCUAUUCUAUGAUUUCUAAUCUGAUGUAUGGCUGGAAGCUGUACUCAUAUAGGACUCUCCUGGAUUCUGCUCUGACCAUGGUCAGCUUGCAACUAGGCAUCUUCAACUAUGACGAGGUUCUUGAUUACAACCCGGUGCUUGGAGCGUUCCUCAUUGGCUCUUGCAUUAUAUUCAUGACCUUUGUGGUUCUGAACCUGUUCAUCUCAGUCAUCCUGGUGGCGUUCACUCAAGAGCAAAUGCAUCACAAGCCCUCAGAGGAGGAGGAGAUAGUGGAUCUGAUGCUGAUGAAGUUCUGCAGCUUGUUCGGGAUCAAAUAUAAGAAAGAAGAAAGUAACAGUCCCAAGGUGAUUGCCAACCAUGCCUCUGUUACUAAGCAAGAACCCUCCACUAUAUCCUCAGAGAUGCUUAGUUCUCAGUAAAGAUCUGCCACUCUGUAUGAAUUGAUAUUGGAACUGCUUUCAUUUAUGUUGCUCAAUAGGAGUAUUAAAACAUGUUAUUUCAAGACUUUUGCACCACUUGUAUGGUUGCUUGUAGCUGUUUAAUAAAAUCUAGCAAUGUUCUAACCAUAUGUACAUGAAAUAAUAUUUCCUCUAUCUAACAGUUCUGCUUUUUCAAUAUAUUUAGUUCCAAAAUAAAUAAACAAUAUAAAGGGUGUUGAACCAGAGCAAACUGUAUUCUUUCAUCAUUAUAAUGGGUUGCAUUAAGAUCAGAUAAAAGGCCUGAGAUGACUGUUGUGGGCUGCGCAAUUCAUUCCGAUCACUUUCCCUAGGAUAAAGAACUACUACAGAAAUGGUUUAGUGCAGUUUCUGUUUUUACUUGUAAGAGUAGGUUGCAGACCUAAGUUCAAAUGCAUGUGUAUUUGAGUAUUUGUUAUGUAAAUACUUGUUUUCUUUGUAUUUGAGUAGUUUCAAAUACACAUCCUGUAUUUGAGUAUUUUCAAAUACAC